AAAGUUACAAAACUAAGGAGAUGUCUUUUAAGGAAACAUUAAGCGUUGAGGGGUGCAAGGAAGUGAAGGCGUUGGAGUAUGGUGAUGGGGGCAUGGAGAGUGGGCUGUCCAGGUCAGAUAGAACUGAGGAUGAGGUGGGUGUUAGGGAAAUGAUUGAGGGUGAGGGAGAAGAAAUGCCCUCGAAUAUUUUGGAAAUUGAGGGUGGGGGUGAUAGGUGUUAUGAUGUAGAGGCAGACAUUGUCUCUGAAGUUAAAGGAUAUGAGAGUGAACUGGUUACUAGGGAUAGCUUUAGUUACCUAGUUAAAACUUAUGACCUCCCACAUCAAGUUUUGAUUAGGCCUACCGGGGCUGGGAGUAGGAAGGAGAAGGGAUGGUAUUACUUCACACCCCGGGUGUCUAACGAAGAAAAAAGGGACUUAUUUACUACAAGACCUUCAUCCAUUAAGGGAUGGAAGGAAAAAUUUUUCUUUGUUGAUGAUAUGGAGUGGGAAAUGAGGGAUGGAGAGGUAGAGAAGUUGGUGAGGGAAGGAGGUGAAAUCUUGGAUAUCAUGUACCUCACCAGCUCGGAUGUCAUAGAAGCUACUGAGCUCUAUGGGCCAAGCUCAUUGAGUGAAGCUGAGAUGGAUAAAUUUUUGAGUGCUGCUAGAGGGAUAGCCAUUCCUAAGAAGCCAAGGAAAAAAUCAAAGACUUUUGAGACUGCUACAAGUGGGAAAGGAGAUGGGAAUAAGGAGAAAGAGCAGAUAUCAAGUACAACAGUCCGAGCUGUGGAUGUUGAUGAGCUGAGGUCGGAUCCCAAACGAAAAAGAAGUGAAGAAGUGGAUCCAGCUCAGAAGAAGAAGAGGAAAGUGGCAGAGGAUAAGGUAAGGGGGGACGAGGUAGUGGAGUUUAUACCUCAGCCACCUCUUGUGGCAGAGGAUGAGGUCAGGGGGGACGAGGUAGUGGAGUUUAUACCUCAGCCACCUCCUGUUGAGCAUGAUCCCGAGCUCAGAGAGACUAGGGUUACAACCCAUGGCAAGGGUAAAGCUCUUGUUCCUACUUCUUCCCUCCAGAGCAGCAUUUUUGGGAACAAGAAUAUGUCGACGGCAAAGAAUUUCAUUAACUCAUAUGUUCCUGAAGUGGAUCGCCGUAGAGCAAAGGAGGAAACGUUGAUUCAUGGAGGGAGUUCAAUUGUGAAGCAUGCUCUUGAGAGAGACUUGUUGAAGACGAUUCUUUCAUUCAAAGAAAAGAAGAGAAAAAUGUGUGAGGAAGAGAAUGAAGCACAAGAGAAAGAAAUAAAGAGAAUGAAAGAAUUUGAAGCCGAGCUAAAAAAGAAUGUGAAGCUGUUGGUGCAUAAUGGGAUGGAAGAACACAUUGUCAAUUUCCUCAACUCCAGCUCAUUUGACAAUAUUGUCAAACUCUACCGGCUGCCUACAGUGAUCCUUGCCUUCACUGAUUGCAGAAAAAAAGUGAAAGCUCAAUAUCCCAAAGUGGAUGUAACAAAGAUAACCUUCGGCGAACAAGAGGAAGGAGUGGAGGAGAACGGUGAAAGCAUGUCAACUGAUUUCUGUCCUCAGAUUAAGCUGAGGUGGGAUCAUGAUGAAGAAGGACGCACCAUUUUUCCUUCUAAUUUUGACUUCGAGUUCGUGGCAAUGGAGGAAGGGGAAAGAGGGGUAGAAGGUAUUGAAGUUGAGGAGAGCCAACCACCUUUUCCAGUAGAGGUCCAUCCAGUUCUUUCAAAAGAAGAGCAGCCACCUCUUCUUACAGAGCAACAGCCACCUCCCUCAAUAGAGUAGCUAUGGUUCUAUUUUUUUAUUUAUGGUUUGUGUUAAAAUUCAUUGAUUUUAUGUUGAAUAUUUUUGUAAUGUUUUUUAAUCAAUGCAUGGAUUUAUUUGAAGUUUGUUGUGACAUUUGUUUUGGGUUUUAUUAAUGUAAGAAUUAAGAUGAAGUAAAUCACUUUGAAUGUG